GCCUUCUCAAAAUAAGAAUUUUUACGUGAUUAUUUUAAAGAAACAAAUUAUAUGUUCUCUUAUGAAUAUCUAUUUGAUUAAUUUUAAUUUUUAUCUCAAAGAGUUUAAAACCAAAAAAAAAAAUUGGGUUUCUCCCAUCACCAUUUUUGUACCUUGCCCAAUAUUCUUCAACAAGGAAGCUCAAAUAGACAGAAAAUUAUUUGUAUCAAAGCUCAUAAGAGAUUGAGAGAUAAUGCUUUUAUAGUUCGACAGAUAUCAAUUCUCGUUCACUGUUUUCAAGAUAUUUAUAUUCAUCUUGUAGGACUUGAUCCUCAAGCUCUUAACUCACAAAAAGUAAAAAUAAUAAUAAUAAUAAUAAUAAUAACAUAAAGAUGGAUUUCAAUUGAGCGCUUGUAGGUUGCAAAAAAGCUUUUGAGACAAAACUGAAAGAAAAGUAGAUAGUUACAUUAAUGGGUGGUUGGUACUUCCUCUUAAGCUCAACAGUUUAUGCGCUUUUUUUUUUUUAAUUUGUGGCUUUGCUCUCUCUUUUUAGUUCUUAUGCUUCAUAUCUUGGUACAGAUUACGAAAGAUGGGAAAACUAAAAGAACAAAAAGACAACUUGAGAAAUAGAAACCUGUUAUUAGGAGUUGUCGGUUUGGAAUUUAAAAUGUUAGAUGACAUGGCUAUUUUAAGAGCACGGGCGUUUAAAGGCAGCUGUUAACUUGACUGCCCCUGCAUUUCUCAAGUAAGCAUUACGCUCAUUGUCUUCGGGAUAUGAUGACUAUUAAAACUUAAAUUAAAUCAAUAAACAGUAAUUACAUAUCCCCAAAUACAUGCCAUUGUUGAUCAGAAGCCAAGGACUCGUAGCACUAUCAACAGCAUAUAGAUUGCAAGUGAAAUGAGCUGAUCUUUAGUUGUUUGUGAGUUGUGAGUCACAGCCAGAUCAGGUAUCAAAACGUGUCAUUCCAAUCCUUCAUUGACUAAUAUCACUCGACCAUGUUGGUUAUAUUCCCAAGAUAAUGCCAGUCCAACUUGUUAUCCUUAAAACGUGGAACACUAUAUUUUUAUUCUCCACCUUCUCUUUCUUAACAAAAAUGAAAGGAUUCUUUGAUGUCCUUUAGUUGCUUAUAAAUUUGAUCGCCAAAAGAAGGAUUAAUCCUGUUGAGAGAAAGAUUUGAGGGUUUCUUUUUUUUUUUUUUUUUUCUCUUUUGACAAAGGGGAGUCAUGGAUCAUGCAGCUGAUGCUAAUAGAACUGAUUUGAUGACCAUCACUCGCCAUGUCCUGAAUGAGCAAUCCAAGUACCCUGAAUCUCGGGGAGAUUUCACCAUCUUGCUCAAUCACAUUGUUCUUGGCUGCAAAUUCGUCUGCUCUUCUGUGAGCAAGGCAGGUCUUGCAAAACUCAUUGGACUUGCAGGAGAGACCAAUGUUCAGGGUGAAGAACAAAAGAAGUUGGAUGUGCUUUCAAAUGAAGUUUUUGUUAAGGCUUUGAUUAGCAGUGGACGAACAUGCAUCCUUGUUUCGGAGGAGGACGAAGAGGCUACAUUUGUGGAGCCAUCAAAGCGUGGAAGAUACAUUGUUGUUUUUGACCCAUUGGAUGGAUCCUCAAACAUCGACUGCGGUGUUUCCAUAGGAACUAUCUUCGGGAUUUACUUGGUGAAGGAUAAAAAUAACCCAACCCUUGAUGAUGUGUUGCAACCUGGAAGAAAUCUGUUAGCAGCUGGUUAUUGCAUGUAUGGAAGCGCCUGCACGCUAGUGCUGAGUACAGGGAGUGGCGUUAAUGGUUUCACACUUGAUCCAUCUCUCGGGGAGUUCAUAUUAACCCAUCCCAAUAUCAAGAUACCUAAAAAAGGAAAGAUUUAUUCAGUAAAUGAAGGAAACGCCAAAAACUGGGAUGAGCCAACUACAAAGUUCGUUGAAAAAUGCAAGUUCCCUACGGAUGGUUCACCACCAAAGUCCCUUAGAUACAUUGGAAGCAUGGUCGCUGAUGUCCACCGCACAUUGCUUUAUGGCGGUAUCUUUUUAUACCCUGCAGAUAAGAAAAAUCCCAAUGGGAAGCUACGGGUUCUUUAUGAAGUCUUCCCAAUGUCAUACCUGAUGGAGCAAGCAGGAGGUCAGGCUUUCACUGGAAAGCAACAGGCACUUGACUUGGUUCCAAAGAAGAUACAUGAGCGUUCUCCUGUUUUCCUUGGCAGUUAUGAUGAUAUUGAAGAAAUUAAGGCACUCUAUGCUGCUGCAGAGGAAAAUAAUGCAUAUACUUGUAGACCUCAUACAUCUAGUUAAGCAAAUAAUGUUAUGUGAUGCUUAAAGUUUGAUCCUCAUCCUUACAUAUAAUAAGUUUUAAGAAUGAUAGUAUUACCUGUAACCAAAAAAAAGAAAGAUAGUACUACCAUUUUUUUGGUCAAGGAAAAUAAUACCAUUUUAGUAUGUGAUGCUUAUAUUCUUAAUCUGAGUUUAUAUGUAACCUUACCAAGUUAGGAACUGUCAGAAUUGUAUUUAGGAUUCCUUAGACGAUAGAUAACAAUAGUGAAGAGAUAUCUUGGGCAAAUGAAGCAUUGUUUAUAUGAUAAAAAAGAG